AUGUCAGCCACCAACAACCACGGCCUGGCCGCCGCCAACCGGCCGUUUCCGCUGCACCCGUUCAACAAGAACCCGAUGCGCACCCGCGAAGACGUAGCCGCCGCGUGCGCCUCCCUGCUUGACCCGCUCGAAGCCGGCACCUCGCCCGGCGGCGCCCUCGUCCGCGUCGGCGGCACCGGCACGCGCUUCGACGAGACGGCGGCGCAGAGCGAGGGCUACGCCCGCCCGCUGUGGGGGCUCGCGCCUCUGCUCGCCGGCGGCGGCGAGUACGCCGGCACCGAGCGCUGGGUGCGCGGCCUCGUCAACGGCACCGACCCCGAGCACGCCGAGUUCUGGGGGUACAUGGAGGACCUGGACCAGCGCAUGGUCGAGGCCUGCCCCAUCGGCUUCACCCUGGCCAUCGCCGGCGAGCACUUCUGGGACCCGUUGACCGAGAGGCAGAGGAAGAACGUCGAGGCCUACCUGGGGAGCAUGAACGACAAGGAGAUGCCCAACACGAACUGGCUCUGGUUCCGCGUCUUCGCCAACCUCGGCCUCGCCAAAGUCGGCGCCGGCUACUCGUCCGCCCGGCUCGAGUCGGACAUCCAGCACCUCAACACCUUCUACCGGGGCCAGGGCUGGUCCAACGACGGGCCGGCGGGCUACACGCAGAUGGACUACUACUCGGGCUCGUUCGCGAUCCAGUACCUGCAGCUGCUGUACGCGCAAAUCACCGACUCCAACCAAAACGUCCACGACCCCGCGCGCGCCGCCGAGUUCCGCGCGCGCGCCCGGCUGUACGCGCUCGACUUCGCCUACUACUUCGACGGCGCGGGGCGGGCGGUGACGUUCGGGCGGUCGCUGACGUACCGCUUCGCCAUGGCCGCCUUCUGGGGUGCCGUCGCCUUCUCGUCGACGACGCUCCCCGCGCCGCUGACGUGGGGCGUCGUCAAGGGCCUGCUGCUGCGCAACCUGCGGUGGUGGACGGGGCGCGCCGACAUCUUCCAGCCCAACGGGAUGCUCAACGUCGGCUACGCGUACCCCAACACGUACCUCGCCGAGAACUACAACUCGCCGGGGUCGCCGUACUGGUGCAUGCUCGCGUUCGCGCCGCUGGCGCUGCCGCGCGACCACCCGUUCUGGGCGAGCGCCGAGGAGCCGCACCCCCUGAGCAGCUCGCUGCCGCCGCUGCGCAAGCUCGAGCUGCCGCUGCAGAUCGCGAGCAACCGCGGGGGCCACGCGCUCGUGCUGAGCAGCGGCCAGGAGUGCCACUACGCGCUCAAGAACCCGCAGGCCAAGUACGGGCGCUUCGCGUACAGCGCCGCCUUCGCCUACUCCGUCGCCACCGGCGCCUACACGCUCGAGCAGUGGGUGCCCGAGAGCGCGCUCGCCCUGUCCGACGACGGCGGCGACCUGUGGCGCAUGCGGCGCGAGGUCGAGGGCGCGCAUUUCGAGGGCGGGGACGGAGAUGAUGAGGAUUCGCCGCCGUGUUUGGUGUCGGCCAUGCGGCCGUGGAGGGACGUCGAGGUGGGGACGUGGCUGCUGCCGCCGGCUGAGGCCACACCGUACUGGCAUGUCCGCGUGCAUCGCGUGUCGUCGCCGUCGGGCGGUGGCGGCGGCGGUGGGGUUGGACGCGACCUGUUGGCGGCCGAGGGCGCGUGGGCCGUCUACGGCGUCCGUUUGCGCGACGGCAGGCCUUUGGGACUGUAUGACAGUGCUGCGCACGAGGGCCACGUAUGCGACCCUGAUGAUGGCAGCGUGCUCGUCGUGUCGCCCAAGUCCGGUGCCGUGGGGAUGGUCGACUUGCUGCCGAGGGAGAAGAGUGGCGGGCGGACCGGCGCCGUGCUGGAUGCCGAUGCGAAUUCGAACCUGGUGGAGCCGCGGACGGUGCUUCCCAUCUUGCGCAGCGAGCUGAAGGCCGGGGAGACGAGGUGGUACGCCACUGCCGUGUUUGCUGUCCCGGAGAGCGUGCCCGGGUGGAAGGAGCUGUACCGGCAGCAUUGGCAGAAGAGGCCUUCGCUUCCCGGGUGGUUGUCUGAGAGGAUCAAUGCGUAA